AUGGCAAGCGCAGGAAAGGAGAUAGCAGUUUCGGAUGCAUUCCAUUACGAGGAGGAAGAGGUGUUAUGUGAUUGCGGGCUGAGAGCGGCUAGAAGAAUUUCACGUACCUCUGGCAAUCCUAAUCGCAAGUUUUUUGGAUGCCCACGGUUCAGUCCCUCAGACGCUAAGAAAGCGUGUCGUUACUUUAAAUGGUACGACAUUAGAGCUGCAGUGCUCAAAGCAACUUCAAUGAUGUCUGCAAAGGUUACAAGGUUGGAAGCUGAAAAUAGACAGCUUCGCAGUUUGUUAGGGAGAGUUAUGAAGGAUGGAGCUAGAAUACAUGAACCGACUGAGUUGUUCAUUGAGCUGGAAAUCAUCAAGCAGAAGAUAUAG